AUGUCUUCAGUAAAGCACAGGAACAAGCAUGCCUCGGCUGACAGAAACUCCAAUUUGUAUGACGUGGCAAAGAAGCCCCCCAAAGGUGGCAGUCCCCAACCGGGAGGGGGAUUGAUAGGGCCCAUCUGUACUGGCAUUUUCUACUUUUUGGUUAUUGGAGCUUUUGGUGGGACAGCUUGGUAUCUUCAAACUCUUUCCGAUCAAGUCCAGGAACUUAGUAGUAGAAACCAAGGCUUGUCUUUGCAAAACCAAGAGCUUCGUGAAGGUGUGGGGGCCGUACUUCAACAGAUGAGCAGCCUCAAAACUACAGUUGGAGUCUUUGAAUCAUCUUUAAAGGACACCCAGAGGGAAGUGGACUUGGCUAAUUUAUCUGUCAAGAAAAGUGAGAAUGAAGUCAACCGAAUUGGUGAAGUACUUCAGAAAGUGCAAAAUGAGAUUCUUCGAGACCUCUCUGAUGGCAUCAAAGAUGUUAAAGCUGCAAGAGAAAAAGAUUUCACCUCACUUGAGAAUACUGUGGAGGAGAGAUUAACUGAGUUAACAAAAUCAAUAAAUGACAACAUUGCCGUAUUUACUGAUGUGCAGAAAAAAAGUCAACAUGAAAUUAGUGAUAUAAAAUCAAAGGUUGAUUCAGUAGAAGGGGUAAGUCUUUUAAAAAAUGAGGUAAAAGCUAUUGCAACUCAGAUUUCUGACCUUCGUGCAUCAUCUGGAACCAAAGAUGAGGCAAUUGCCUCUCUGAAAAAGGCAGUAGAUUUACUUCAUGUCACAGCUCAAGACAGAGGUCAAGAAUUCACAUCGUUUGUUCAAGGGUAUAGUGACUUCAGGCAGAGUGUGGAAUCUGAAUACAGAGAUCUGGCACAGUUAAAGGAAAACAUUUCUAAAAUUCAGGCUGCUGCUGAUUUUGUUUCUGAAGAAGUUAGCAAUCUCAAAGAUUUGCUGAAAGCUAAGUCUAGCACUGUUGAAUGUGAGCACCUACUUUCACAAGCAAGGGAGCAUUUGGACAUUGCUGAAAAAAGUAAUGAAAACUUGGACUCUAAACUGAAGCUUAUUAAUGAAAAGGUAGAGUCUACAGGCUCUGUUGCCAGUGUGCAGUCAGAAAAAAUAGAGUCUGUAAUUCUGAAACAAGAGGAGAUGGAAACUGCCAUAACUUCCCUGGAGAAGAGUAUUGAUGCUGUGAAAUUGUUGUUUCCUGAUGAGGAGAAGGAGUUCGACUUUGCUUCCUUCCAGAGUACUCUACAGAGUCUAAAAGAAUCACAAGAAUCUGUUGUUCAUGAUCUAGCUUUGCUGAAAAGUGAAUGGAACAAACUUAAGGAUGUGCCGACGGCCCAUGUUAUCCCCGAACUCCAAGACAAGAUGCAAGCUCUGGCAGAUUCUCAGACACAGCAGAUGAAUGAUCUGCAGGCUCAUUUUGAUGAAAGGUUAGAGAUGUUAAAGAGAGAGAGAGAAUCUGGGAGCAGCAUGCCAGUGGCAGACUUUGAAAAACUGCCCUCCAUUGAAACAUCUGUGGGUGAACUUCGUUCUUCAUUUGCUCAAGCACAGUCAGAUCUGCAAACGCUAAGAACAACAGUGGACAGUUUAUCAGCUUAUUCGGAGAGGAUAGAAAAUAAUGAAAAGAAUUUAGAGUCAACAGAAAGCAAGCUAGAAGAAGUUAAAGAAGAACUUAAUAAAAUGGUGGAAAAACUGGAAUCUAUUCAUGAAAAAUUUUGAUUUCAUGAAAGCAGAUCUGAUAUAAAUUAGUGUACAGAGAAUAAAACUGCUGAACUAUAUGCUUCAUUGAUUGAGCAGAACAUGUUAAAUGUUUUUGAAGCAGUGCAAGAAAAGGGUUUUGUCUGUGGCAUCUUGACAAACAAACCCUUGGGGUGUUCUGUUACUGUCUUAUAAAAAUAAAUUUGUAGGUAGUAUGGCAAGGAAGGAAUAAAUAUAUAAUGUAAUGAAACACAUUGUUUGAACGUUAAUGAUUUAUGGGUGCUAUAAAGUAACCAACACUCUAAGCCUUUAAGAAGCUCAUGGCUUUAUCAGUCUUUCUGUUAACCGUUGUUACAUCCUGCUGGAAGUGCUUUAAUUUUGCUUUGUUUUCCAUAGCCUUUGUUACAAGCCUGAUACAGUGUGAAUAUUGAAACAUGGCAUUCAUGUUUGGGCAUAUUACUUACUCAUCUGAUAUCUUUUUGCUUGUUGCCCUCGUCAGUUACUUGUUUUGGAACCAAUGCAUAUUCUUUUUUGUACCUUAAGUACAUGACCGUUGGUUAUAUGGUAUGUACAUUUACAGUAUACACACACACGUGUGUGUGUGUGUGUGUGUGUGUGUGUGUGUGUGUGUGUGUGUGUGUGUGUGUGUGUGUGUGUGUGUGUGUAUAUGUAUGUGUGUGUGUGUGUAUAUACAUAAUAAUUGCAGUAUACAUGUGAUUUUAUUUUAAUACUGUAUUUACCUAAAACUGCAGAAAAAGCAUAAAAAUGUAAGUAGACUGUAUCACUGGUAGGCUAGGGUGAAGUAGUGUUCAUACUGCUAACAUGAGAUGUAUGAUACAAUUGGGCGCAGAGUAUUGUUUUCAGAUAUGCUAACUGCAGCAGGGCUUGUAACAAAGCUUAUGGAAUAUAAUGCAGAAUUACUGUAACCGGGUAAGAUGGCACAAGGGGAAUACAAAAUCCAUAACCCCAGAUUGUUAAGUAGUCAGGAGUUUUAAAGUAUUGGUGGCUUUUAAAAAUACAAAAAAAAUCAUUAUCAGACGUGCACUGAAAUAGAAAUUGUUUGCAGUUAAAGUAUCUGUGUUUAGUCUGAAGCAGAAAUUUUCUAAAAGGAAAAUGAGUUUGAAACUUUGCUGACAGUACUUAGGGUAUUAAGUUUUGAACUGAUAUGAAAUAAAAAUGGAAAUUUCUUCAUGUCUGUAUCAUUAUUACUUUUUGGUGAUGGCAGUAUAUUUUGGGUUAGAAAACACAUAUAUUCUUGGUUCUAAUAGGAAUGACUGUCAUUGUGAUAGCAGUUUAAAAAACAUAACAUUUAAAACAUAGCAUUCCUGACAUCAUACUAGCAAAUAUUAAAUUCAUUCCUUAAGUUAUUUUCCUUUUUUCCUGACCUGAAGAAAUGCUCAUGCAUCUUGAGCAAAACAACCAUAUUUACUAAUCUUAAGCACCCAUCAAUGUAUUUUCUCCAUAAA